UUUGUCGUUGUGUUAUAUAUAUCCGACAAAUCUCCAGUUUUGCCAGACGUUGUUUUUUUACUUCUUAUUGUGGGAAUUGCAGUGGUUUCUCGAUUACAAGUACGAGCAUAAAGAAACCGUAUAUAAUUGUUGACAACUGGUGUUUUGAAUUAAUAGUCAGAUAUUGAAUGGUGGAAAUUCUUUGCAAUUUUUUGACACUUGGACUAAUUAUUACCCUAUUAUCCUGCAGCCCUUAUGGAGCUACUGCUGGUCACAAGCCCGAAUAUAGGAGGAGGGUUGAGUAUGGUAAACUAAUUCGCUAAACAACACUAACCAGAAAAAUAAUUCAAACGAAUUAUAUUCUGUCCUGGGAGUUAGAAAGAUUUUAUUCAGAAGAGUUAUGACACUUCAUGUCGAAAGUCCAGUUCCUUCAAAAAUCACAAGACUGAUGAUCAUUUUGAAAGACAGAGCAAUUAAUAAUUUAGGUACAUGGAAACCGGGAGGGUCUUCCGAACUGUCACAGAAAUUAACAAGCAACACUGUUUCUGGAACUGUAAAAUUUCUUAUACUCAUAGUUGAAGCUGAAGCCUUCAGUGGGCUUUAUAUAGUAAACGUUAUCGGGAACAUAAACGUUUCCAAUGUUUAGAAACGUCAUCUACGGUCUCAGUUCUGCAAUAAUUAUGGGUUGGAUAUUUCCAAAUAUAGUGAUUUGUCUGUGGUGUCAUGAGAUAAUCAUAGAGUAUAAAUUCACAUGACAGUGUGAAAAAUAUAAGGUUCACAGAACAUUUCAACAUCAGCAUAUUCUUACACGAAAUUACAGAGUGUUAGUACUUGAGAAAAUCUCUCAUUACAUUAUUUGUGUCCUCAAUUCUACUUCAGAUUUGUUAAUGAGGACGUGAGAUCUAAAUGACCCCGUUUUAUAUAUGCAUAUAUAAACUUUGCAUCAAUGUGUUCUCUAAUUUAACAACUAUCCCGUAUUGGCAUAAUGAAGAUCACAAUUAUGAAAUUGAUGAUCUUGGCGUUGGUGAUUUUGUCAAUCGGCAGUUUAGGACCACACUGUUUCCUAAUAUCAGUUUCUGGAAUUCAUUUCAAGAGAAGUGUUGCGGUCAAUUUAAAGGAAGCGGAACCGAUGCCACAAUUCGAUUACAUGAUAUUAUAACGACAACAAAAACAUCAUAAGUGAAUAAGCUGUGAAUUUAACUGCGUAUUUUAUUAUCCUUCACACUGAUAAUUGAUGUUAUGUGAACUCCUCAGAUUGUGUUCAGUUGUACUCGUGAUUUUUCGGAAAUAAAGCAUGUGGAC